CUCGGGGGCCGCGCCGGGUCGCGUUUCUCUCUAGUGCCCGAGGCGGCUCCGUUUCGGAGAGCCCUUCGCCAGCUCCACGGGGACGUCUGUGCACGGAUGGACCCGCCCGGACCCGGCGGGAAGCGGCCUGGCAGGCGGCGGCCCCGGCGGCGUCAGCAGAGGGAGGACAGGGCCGAGGCCGCGGGUCCCUGAAGCGCGCGGGCCCAUAGGGCCCGGCGUUGGCACCAUGAUGCCGGGCGAGACCCACUCGGCGGCGCCCGGGACGGCGGCGGACCUCUCGCGGUGUCAGGGCUGCGCCUCCUUGCAGCAGAAUUUAAACGAGUAUGUUGAAGCACUAAUUACCUUGAAGCAGAAAAUUAUUAAUACAGAUAAUUUAUUAACAGAAUAUCAGAAGAAAUGUGAUGAGCUGCAGUUUGCAAGAAGAGAGAAUAGUACCCUGCAUCACCAAGUGGAACAGAUGCUUCAAAAAAUUUCUCCUCUGCAGAAAUGUCAGGAAGAAUUGGGAUCUUUAAAAGCAGAGCUGGAAGAGAAGAAGAGUUCUCUGAAGUUGUACCAAGAUACUCACCAGGAAUAUGCACGUGUGAAAGAAGAAUGCUUGAAAACUGAUGCUCAGAAGAAGAAACUAGAAGCCAAGGUGAAGAAGCUGGAAGAGGCUGCUGUCAAGCAAACGCAGGACUUCAAGCAACUGAGGAAUGAGAAGAAAAUACUUGAAAAGGAAUUUAAGAAGACACAGGAACGGCUCGAUGAAUUUUCUAAACAAAAAAAUGAAAAGGAGUUGAGACAUAUUGGAACACAAAUUUCAAGUGAUUCUUAUGGGAGCAUAGAUAAAAGAAAAGUAAAGCUGCUUCUGAAGGAACUCUGGCUCUGCAUAAACACAACACACAGACUACCUGGUGAAGGCAACCGAUGUAUCACAGAGAAACCUGCCAAAGAAAACUCCGGACCCACAGAGUCCAGGGACGAUGUCGCGCCCCCUCCAGCGGGAGGCAGGCCACUCAGAGCCGCAGCUGUGCAGACAUGCCUGGCGGAACUCUCCAUGGAAAUAGAGGGCGACUUCUCUGCGUGUAAACGUGUGGGGAGAGAGGGGCCCAGUGGAGCCACGCACUGUAAUGACCGCAUUUCUAGUGAGGGCCAGCAUCCUGAACUUGCAGUGCUGAGGAAUGAUGAGGACAGUACUGACUUCUCUGAUGGUGAUCACUGUUUCGAUGAAGAUCUCCAGGCUGCAGUUGACUUCUUCAGACUUCCCCCUCCUCUGUUGUCUCCGGUGCCGUCACCCCCUCUGGUAUCCCUACCACCCUUGAGCACAUUACCUCCUUCACUUGCGCCUGAAAACUACUUUGGAGAGUACACAGAUUCCAGUGAUAAUGAGUCGUCCCAACAUAGAAAUUCUGCCGAGUCUGUUUCAGAAGAUGAGACGUCUGAAUCACAGUAUUUUGGUUCAUCCAGAAAAAGUAAAGGAAGUAGUGGUACCUGGGAGGAAGAGCUCAAAUCACACGACGCGACGCAAGCUCUGACUACAUUGGAAGUAAACGAAGUGACAGCUGUCGGGUUUGGGACGUUCACAGCAGCGCUGAGAGAGCCUUCACCCGCAUGCUCCUUAGCUCGCGAGAAGCACUGGAUGGUGUCAUCUGAAUCCACGAGUGAUAGGGGAAGAGGCACUUUAGAUGAGGCACAAAGACAGAGAGACGUUAGGGAGGUGGAUAAGUCGGUGCAGACUGAGAACACGCUUCGUGAGCCCAUCAGAAAUGUGUGCGUUGAGACGUCGUCUGGCAGCCGGGCACAGGGCAGGGGCGUAGCCCUCCAGAACCCUGACAUGUGUUCUUCUCCCCUCAGCAAGAGGCCAUUCAGUGAGCUCAUGGAGUCUGAAGGAAAAACUCUGUUAUCCAAAAUGAUAGGAUCACCCAAAUCACAGUUUACUAAGUGGACACUGACUCAUGAAAUCCCUCUUGAAUCAGAUCAUCUGUCGCUCUCUGACCACUUUCAGGGAAUGUGUAGAGUAUUGAGAAAGGAGAGAGGUGUUCAAGGUUUCCUUCCAGGAGCAUCACCUGAACCGGAGGACGAUGCGGGUGAUGCGUUGGCUGCCGCAGGGCUCGGUGCUGAUGCCAGGCUGCCUUCCUCUUCUGCCUCGGGAGCGUCGUCUGUCUGCAGUGACUCCCCGUCUUCCUCCGGGUUAAAGUGUGGUCAUGAUCUGCACACUCCUGCUAAAGUUACCCCUGUGGAACUGCAUCAGUCAGAACAAAAGUUAUCGGCUGAAUCCUUGACCAUGCUAGAUCUGCAGCCUGAGCCCGCAGACUGUCUUGCCGGAGAGAACCAUCUGGAGAGCAGCUUGUGUGCUUUGAGCCCUGAGUUGGGGGCAUCAGAUUUUAAUAAUCAGAGCAGCAGUGAGGUCGGGUGCGCAGACGUUGUGGAAGGCAUGCCUAAAGUCUGUUCACUUGCACAGUCAGUAUUUAUAGAAGCUAUGAAAGAGGCGCAGCGUGGAAGUCAGGGCCGCAGAACUGAGCCCCCCCUGACUAGGGCGGAUUCUACACCAUUGCUAGACUCUCAGUGCGGCUUGACCAAGAGUGGGUUUGGUUUUGUUAAAAGCCCUUCAUGGCACCACAGUGAUCUGUUAAGGAGCGGUGGCGAAGAAAGGCUGAGAGCUAAGUCAGAGCAUGAACAGGAAACGAACCAUCAGGUACAAAAGGCAGCGCCAUCCUUAGAAAGCAGAGGAUCCGCAUCCAAGCCUGAACUUGCUAGAGAAAAUCACCCUGUGGGGCUCAGGGCUGCUACGUCACUGUUGCCUAACCAAGUGUCCGUGAUCACCAAGCAGGCCAGGCCCGACACAGUGCAGGACAGCCGACUGGAGCACUGGCGGCAGCAGAGGGCCGAGCCUGCUGUCGCAGCAGCACAUGCCGGUCCUGGGGCUGCUCCCACGUCCUCGGGAGCCAGACGUGGCGGAGACAGAGAGGACACGGCGCACAGUGCCCCGGGGGCGGCUGCUACUGAAGGGACCUCGCCACAGGUUUCUGCCUCAUGGAGAAAAUUAGAUUACGGUUUUCCAAGUGGUUCUGUACCAGUAGGAAAUUCUCAUUGUUCCACAAAGAGCAAACUGUCUUUCUCUUCUAAAAACAUCUCAGUUCAAAACCAAGACGUUGUGACAGAAGCCUCAGUCCAGGAAGCCGUGCAGAAGCAGACACGGCUCCUUCAUGCCACCAGCCUGGACCUGUCUGGGCUGGAUGUGGAUCAACUCCUUCCCGCCACAGAAGCGCCAGUGUCGAGAAGUUUUCCUUUUGACGAAGUACCCUGUGGGGGUGCAGGCACUUCGGGUGGUGCGGCCCUGGCCGUCCCAGAGGACUCUCCUCGUGUCCGGCAAAGCCUGAAGAUGUCUCUAGAGCUGCCAUCUCAGACUCCUGGUGGUGCUUCUCCUAAAGGUCCAGGCCCUACAGGGACCGCUGUUCAGUCGGCGAAUCUCAGAAGAGAUGAAGAGACGCGUGCUGUCUCCCAGAGUGGCCUUGAUGGACCGCUGUGUUGCUACACGGGCAUUCGGGAGGCAGGAGGUGGCGACACAGAGGUGGAGGAGAGCGAGGCACCUAGCUGCAGUGAGGGGGACAGUGAGCCCGAAGCCGCGAUGGGGGACAGACGGCAAAGUGGCGCCUGUGCCUCCAGGAAAGAUGCAGGAGUCGCCAGUGCUGGUGCAGCCGAGACCAGGCCUUCCGUAGAGGUGGGCUGUCUGACCUCAGCACUGCAGGACUUCAACAUCGGUACUCGUUCUGAGAUAGACGGACUUUCUACAGCAGAAGUCGUGAUGUUUCUUGAAAGUUGUCAGUUAAGAGAUUAUAGUUCAGGGGACUCUGUUUCAGAAUGUUCUAGCAAAGGAACCCUACAUAAAGAAAUGAACAAAGACUUAAAGCUAGGUGAACUAUCAGGAGAAAAGUACAGAAAGCAGCUUUGUGAAGAAGAAACCCUUGAAACCUCUGAAGAUUGGGUUGAAUCUGAGGAAGAUGACGGUCCUCUGAGGAGCACGAGUCAGCUCUCCCGGCGUUCCUUGGAAACGCUGUCUGAGGUACUCACCAGAAUCGGACAGGAACUUCAGACCAGCUGUGAGAGCUCUCCUGGAAAAGACACUGGUGGCUUAGUGCUCUUAAAUAUGCAUGACAGCAUGGCCACUAAGCCUGUCCUAGAGCACAUCCCACUUCAGGAGGCGAGUGGCUUCCCACCACAUCCUGCAGGUACUCCCCCUCCAACAGCCAGCGUGGCCAGCAAGGGCCAUUCUCCCACCAGUGGCACAUCAAGUAACAGAGUCACUCCAUGCAGUCCUAAAGGUGUCCCUGAUGUCACCAGCCCAAUCUGCAGUGGAGCACAGGUCCUUUCAGAGCUGGCAGAGCCCUCCCCACAGCGCUCUGACUCCGUGGUGGGGCAGGCCAUGGAGGGCAGUGCCGAGGAGGGGACAGAAACGACAUUUCAGUGUCAGAUAUCAACAGUGACCUCCGAAGUCAUAAACGUGCUCAUCAAUAAGGAUCAGAAUCUCGUCAUUGAAAAGGGGGACCACUGGACCAUCAUAAAUGGGGUAGCUCUCAUGCCAAAUGUGGACCAGGUCAUACUGUGUGACACUCCUGACGACAUCCCUGUUUCCCCAGAUCGAGCUGACUUCAUUUCCGUUACCUCCAUGGAGAAGUCCCCAGAGACUGGUCACCCUGGCCCUCCAUUUCAGGAGCCCCAGUGUGGCAGCAACCUGUCAUGUGCCCAAGAGGAAAUUUCCAGCAGUAGCCAGAGCACCAACUUCGAUAAAAGUCGUUUGCGCAAUAGACCUGUCAAACCUAGUGUAAGGAUUAGUUCUGAAAUCUAUGAUCAGAAUUUUGAGUCUCAGACCAUUGCAUCUGAUCACACAUACUUUAACUCGAAACUGGAGCCCUUCAGCAAAAAUAAGAAUCGAUCAAAGAUUUCAAACAAAGAUCAAUCAAACAAGCCAGCAAAGGCUUUGGCAUCAAGCCGAGUUGAAGCUAAUCAGAGUGAAGGCUCUCAGUCAUUUUCAGGGGAAAGAGAGAACACAAAAAUGCAGAGAAAUCAAACUCAGACCAUUCUAGCCAAUGCUGACACAUCGACUCCUACAGAUUGCUCUGAUACUCUGAGUAGAAUCCGGCAGGAGGUGGGCCCCCCUCUGCCGCCCUUGCUCGCUCCUCUGGUCGCUACACCUCCAAGGACUUCGCAACCAGUUUCUCCUCUGAUAGCAACUUCCUCUCCCUCCUCACCUACCUCUCCUGUUGGCCAGAUUUCUCCCUUGUGUGAAAUCCCAGUGCCUCCUAUGAUGUCUCCUUUGCCAGAAGAGCCGGGAUGCCCCUCUCCCGCGUGCACAUCUCCGUCCCCGUCUACUGCACUGGCCGGCGAGAGGAUAUUGUCAUCACCCUUGCAGUUCUGUGCUGCGACCCCAAAGCAUGCCCUCCCCGUGCCUGGCCGCCUCCCACCCUUGGCCUCUGCCCACACGGCUGUGGCUGGACCCCAGGAGAAUUCCGUUAAAAUCCUUGAUACCAUGUACCCAGAGCUGUCUGCCAGGGCCCGCACCCUCAACAUCCUCAAAGGGAAUAUUCAGCUCACUCGAGGUCCUUCGGCAGACUGUAAGAGCUUAGCAGGGCCUGUCAGCGCUCUAACAGGGUUCAAGGCAAUCACGUCGACGUCCACUGCCUUUGUUAAGACAGGGGGCAGCUCAGGGAGUGACUGCACUCAAGAGAGGUCCAGAGAUGGGGGGGCUCGCCAGGAUGCAGGUGGGAAAAGGACGUUGUCUGCAUCUACCCUGAGGAGUGCCAAAAGACUUCGGCUGGACAGCGGGUCCCCGGAGCCAGAAACUGGGGGCGCCGCUACAGAAGGAGUCGGUAAGACCCUCCGGAGGAACGUCCCUCAGGCUGAAGGUGAGACGACAGAGGAAGAAAGUUCUCCUCUGACCGUCGGUACGGUUUCACAGUUGCCUCCGAACCCGAAAGAAACUGUGGAGUCCCAUGACAAAGCCAUAGCAGAUGCACUGGAGAAGAUCGCAGAGUCGUCUUUUGAUCUCUUACCCGUCAUUCGGAGUCACGUGUACGUGGGAAAUAUCUCCAAGAAGCCUGUAAUGAGAGACCAAGAGAAGGAGGUUGUUUAUGAGUUUAGCACAACCAAAAAGGUACGUGGCUGCUUUUCUCUAAGAGCGUUAGGAAUCGCAUGUCCUCAGAGACAGGCUGUCUGCUCUCAGCGGUGGUAGAUUACCCUGAACAGA